AUGGGUGGCUCCAUCCCCGGCACCUCCUGUACCCUGAGCCAGGUAGAAAAGCAGGGUUUGGACAAAAACUUCAACCUCGACUCGAUGGAUGGUGUGCCAACAGCCAGCACUGAGCAGUGGAGUGAAGCUUCAGAUGCCGAGCGGCUGAGAGACAACCUGAAGGCUUAUUGGGCAUUUCAGAUCUUGCUGAAUGAGAUCCUGGAAGAGCAGAGGUCCUCCUUGACCCCAAACGAUUUAGACUUCCAUGAGUCUAUCCAGUCAGUCCUGCUCCAGGUCUCUGCCUUGGCUUACCAACUGGAAGAGCUGAUGGUGAUGUUGGAGCACAAUGUGCCAGCCAGAGAGCUGGAAGGGGCCCGGGAUGCUCAUGGAAGAGGCUUGUUUGAGAAGAAGCUGAGAGGCAUGAAGGUGCUGCAGGAGCUUGCUCAGUGGUCUGUCAGGUCUGUCCGGGAUCUACACCAGCUUUCCAGGCCUGUCCAGACAGGAGACAUCCCACAUGCAAGCUGCUGCUUGGCUCUGAAGAAGUAAGGCCUUUCUUCUCUGUUAGAUUUUUACUUUCUCAAAGGCCUUUCCUGUCCUCCGCUGUGGUGGACUAGAAGGACAUGGUAAGAACAGAAGGAACCCUCUGUGAUGGCUGAAGUGGGCAGUGCUUUCUGGAUGUUAUUUAUUUCCUUCUGCACCAUCCUGAGACUUGAGUCCCUGGCAGGUUUAACUUUGUAUAGAUUUCUACCAUCAUGCUUUUUCAUGUGAUGGUCAGUUGAUUUUUGAUUAUUAAUCGGCUAACACUAUUUUCUUAUUUUCACCUCAGUGCUCAAGAUGAGUUGCAGAUAGGUUUGCCAACCUCCAGGUAACACCCGAAGAUCCCCCGCUAUGACAGUUAAUCUCCAGACAACCAAAGUCAGUUUCCCUGGAGA